AUGGCUCAGAACUCAUCGGACGAGACCCUCGCCUUACUCACCCGUCUGAGUCAAAAACCAGGUGUGCAAAGUACACUGAUCCUAUCUCGCGACACAGGGGCCAUUGUACGGACGUCUGGCUUGAUCUCCAAGUCCACAACCGCCAACCCCAACAGCACAUUGCCUGCUUCGAGUGAACCAACAGCCGAGGCCUUUCCUAACGGCAAAAAAGAGGGUGGAAUACACAACGCUGAAGAUGUUGCCGGCAUGGUAUGGGCGUUCAUCAGUGCUGCGGGGAGCUUAGUCGAAGGUCUAGAUGAGGAAGAUGAGGUCAAGUUGCUAAGGCUCAGGACAAAGAAGAAUGAGCUCGUCAUCGUACCAGACCCCAAGUUCAUACUCGUUGUUGUCCACGAUACUCCACCGGCGUGA